UUUACGCAUUCCACGUCACGGAAGUCGCAGACAUGAUCCAUUUACACUCCGAAUCGAGCGGAAAUUUCGGGUUAUCUGCCUUGUAAUGUUGUAAUAUUAUACAGGAUACAAACAUAGACACUACAAAGUGACCCAAACCGCUGGAAAUCGUCGGUGCGCGAGCUUGCCUGCUGUUUAGCAUGCUAGCUCGCUAGUUCAGUAUCCAGCUGCCAAGGCGACCGACGAGCUAAGUAACUAAUCUCAAGACAGCCAUCGAGGCAGCUCGUCCUUAUUUCAUUUUACUGUCCUCCUUUAUUGCGUAGCCAUGGCAACUCGGCGACUGACCGAUGCUUUCUUAUUAAUGCGGAACAAUGCGAUCCAAAACCGGCAGAUUUUGGCUGAGCAAGUGAGUACAUACGACCACCGUCGUACUCUGAAUACACGUAGCAAUGCUGCGGAGUUUGAUGAGCUUGCUGAUGAUCGUAUGGCCCUGGUGUCUGGCAUUAGUUUGGAUCCAGAAGCUGCUAUCGGUGUCACAAAAAGACUCCCACCCAAAUGGGUAGAGGGAGUGGAUGAGAUUCAGUAUGAAAUCACACGUAUCCGUCACAAGAUGAAGGAACUGGCCGGUCUGCACGACAAACACAUGAACCGCCCCACGCUGGACGACAGCAGCGAGGAGGAACACGCUAUAGAGAUCACCACACAGGAAAUUACACAGAUGUUUCACAGGUGCCAGCGAGCCGUUACAGGACUGCAGACUCAGAGCCAUCACUGUACAGAACAAGAAAGAAAAUUGUUGACCAAUGUCGUCUCCUCGCUGGCUCAGAGCCUUCAAGAUCUUUCAACCAACUUCAGACACACACAGUCAGGCUACUUGAAACGUAUGAAAAAUCGUGAGGAACGAUCAAAGCACUUUUUUGACUCGGGUCCCCUUAUGGAUGAAGAUGAAGAUAUCGCACUAUAUGACCGAGGGUUUACAGAUGACCAGCUGGUCAUGGUUCAGCAGAACAGUGUGAUGGUAGAAGAGCGAGAGAGAGAGAUUCGACAGGUUGUUCAAUCCAUCUCGGACCUUAAUGAGAUUUUUAGAGAUCUUGCCGGAAUGGUUGUUGAACAGGGCACGGUGCUUGACAGAAUUGACUUCAAUGUGGAGCAAUCCUGCGUUAAAACAGAAGAGGGGCUUAAGCAGCUCCAAAAGGCGGAACAAUACCAGAAGAAAGAUCGCAAGAUGCUUGUCAUUUUAAUUCUCUUUGUCAUAGUUGUUGUUCUAAUACUUGUUCUGUUCGGGACGAAGUUUAGUUGAAUCAUUCCACGGCCUCUAAGAGAGCUCCACCUGUAUUUAUGAGAGUAAACCAAUGUAUUUCUAUGUGUGUGAGUGUGUGUGUGCGUGCAUGUUGACUUAGGACCAUUGUUUGAGAGAGGAAGAUCUGUCCAACAGAGCUGCUUAUGUUAUCAAAUACUACACAAGAUAAUGAAUAGGUGUAGUGCCCUCUGGAGGCUAACCUAUGGCGUAUCUGGAAGAAAGUCCUAAGGAGUGGUACAAGAGUUUGGCACAAGCACAGCUCUUCAGAGUGAGACUAUAAGAUGGCCGCGCUUGUUAUCUGGUUAAAAGAGUAAAUGUUGGGAAAAGAUAAGGUUUGGGAUCUUGUCUACACCUGUCCUGGAAGAGAAGGUCUUAUCCACUUGAAUCUCACAAAACCUGUCCAGCUCACAUUUCACUCCAAAAUAAAAAUACAUUUAAGUGAUGCUUAUUUUAAGGACCAUUGUGACAUUUUAUUGACACUUAUUCCCGUUCUCUUUACUGGCAUAGUCACCAAAAUUUUUUCCCUUUAUUGUAAUGCGAUUUUUACAUGUAUUAUACAUAAAAAUAUUACUUUUUUUUAGUUAUUUUACUGUGCUAGAUUUUACUCUUACUGUAUUAACAGUAAUGGGAAUCACCAUUGAAAUGAAGGGUAAUUACAGUAAAACAUCCAGGAACUUUUAUUUGAUGUAUUUAUUUUUUAUAUUGUUAUAAGGAUUUUUUUAUUAAACUUAAUGUUAAAGUUAUAAUACUCUAUUGCUUAAAAAAAGCUUAAAGGUAGGCUGUUUAAAAUAAAACAAAUAAAUGAAGUAAACAUCCUUGAUUGUAUACAUUUCAAGUGGUGUUGAAUUGUGAUCUGGACAUGGUUUUUAUGAGAUUCACUUUCUGCCUAGGGACAUCAGUUACAGUCCACAGCAGUAGUCGGCUAUAGCGAGACCCAUAUAUAGCAUUACGAGCUGCCUUUGAACUUGUAUUUUAAAACGUCGAUGUUGGGUUUGGUUUUUGUUUGCGUUUAAUGUAAGUCCUUAAUGAAAUCACAGACAAAAGCACCUUUUUUUUUUUUUUUUGCAUCUCAGCCUUUUGAAUCUUCCACUUUUGUGCUUGCUCGUUGUUGUUUAAUAAGAGAAGCACUGACACUCCAGUCAACCUGGAGAUAUUUAAAGACUUUUAGGCAUUUAUCAUGGUCUUGAAAACGAGUAAUAUUUUAUGGUGUGAUAGCAUUGUGAUUAUGAAAGAAAUUGAAUGAAAUGUUACAUUGUCCUUGAUUUUUUUGAAAUGUUUCCCAUCCAUAACUGACCAUAAAGUCUUCUGCUGAUGUCAGUAGAGGCUUAUUGCACCAUUAUGUGUUAGUCAACGUGUGAAUGACAGUGUUGUUAUCAUACUAUCAGUAUCAUUUCAGUGAUAUAUUCAUUGAAAGGAUUGAGUGAUUUAUCAGUGAUUUGCUUCACUCUGUUCCUUGCCUUAAAGAGUAAAGGACAUUUGUGUGUUAAACUUGUCGACUGGUGUAUCAGUCAAGACUUUUGAUCUUAAACUGAACUUUAACCUUCGAUCUCUGAUCAUGCUAAGACUGCAGCUCAGCCCUUAACAGUACAUGUGCAAGAUAAAAUAAUUUAUUUUAGAUGAAAAUAUCUGUACAGAGUUUAUGGAGUUUUGUGGUUGUCCUAUGGUAACACUGUCCAAAGCUUUUUUUGUAUAUUGUAAUGAUUCAUUUCUUUUCUUUCCAAAUGAUUUCCUGUUGGCUUUUGUGAAGGGCAAUUGCGACACUACUGUACGGUGAACACGACUGCAUUAUUUUAUGAAUUUAGAGGGAAUUUAUGAUGAUGAGGAUGUUUUAGAAAUGGAGGCAUUUUCUUAAAAGUUAUAGAUAGAAAAAUAGCUACAUAUAGUUAAACUCGUUUUAUGUAGUUUCCUCCAUUUUUUUGUCUGGUUUGGUGUGAUGCACAUGUCAAAAUGUCAUAUAAUUUUCUGCCAUUAUGGUACUACUGUAUGCUCUCUGAACCUUGACCUUCUGUAAAGACUAAACAGGUUUUUAUUGAAAUAAAAUCAUAUAUAAGGAUGAA